CCGUGGAUUGAGUUGCCCACGGAAGUCUGACGCACUCUGACCCGGAUGUUCUUUCAUUUUAGCUGAAGAACGGAGUCUGCUUGUUUUUCCCAUGAUGUCUGUCUGAGGACCAAAACCCUCUAACGAACUCAUAUAUCCGGAAUCAAAUAAGUCUGCCUGCACACCAGGAGACUGUAAACACAAAGGUUUUAUAGUCAUCGUGCAGCCGGCUGAGUCAAAUCAAACGGAUCCGAGUUUUCUGUCCUGAAAGAGGCUUUUACACACUGAGAGGCUAACCCUGCGUUAGCUGCUAACCACCAGUGAUUGUGUUGGAUCUAACAACAAUAUCCAAGAAGACAGGAGCUCAUCCGCAGCAGCAGACGCAGACAGACGUGGUUGCAGGGAUCAGAGCAUCCCUCAUCACCAUCGGGCCCUGAGAUGACAUCACAGCAGCCACACAUCCCCAAUGCUGUCAUUCCUCCUCAGCUAGCCCAGAACUCCUCCGCUCAUCAGGCCCGGCCCCACCUCCAAGCGAAUCAGCUGGACUCGAGUCAGAGUGGCGCGACCGCUGGGCCGGUGGACCACAGAGCUUUAACCGGCAGACCAGGCUGCUCCGGUGUGGCAGCGACCGGCGGGGAGGCGGCCAAUAGGAAUGUUUCUGCAACCCGUGCAAACUCCAGCUCGGCCAGGAGAGAUGGCGGCUUCGAGCCGUGGCCCGAGGAGGCAGUGGACAACUCCCAUGGUCUGUACUCACUCCACCGAAUGUUUGACAUAGUUGGAGCCCAGCUAACGCACCGGGAUGUCAGAGUACUGUCGUUCCUGUUUGUGGACGUGAUUGACGAGUAUGAACGCGGCGGCAUCAGGAGUGGGAGAGAUUUCCUGCUGGCUCUAGAGCGCCAGGGUCGCUGUGACGAGACCAAUUUCAGACAUGUUCUUCAGCUUCUACGGAUUAUCACCCGCCACGACCUUUUGCCUUAUGUCACCCUCAGGAAACGGCAGGCUGUGUGCCCGGACCCCGUCGACAAAUACCUGGAAGAGACAUCAGUGCGCUACAUUUCCCCCCGAGGAUCAGUGCAGAGCAAGGACUCUGUGCCUCACAGAAGAUCAGGUCCUCAGCCGGUCAUUUGCUGCUCCCCCUCUGGACCCCACGUCGGCCCUCCCAGAACAAAGCCGACUCCCCCUGCACAGAACCGCAAACGGAGGAGAAGUCACUCCUCCGCAGACUGCAGAGAGAAGCAAACAUGUGAUAUCCGCCUCCGAGUUCGUGCUGAGUACUGCCAGCACGAGUCUGCACUUCAGGGGAAUGUCUUCUCCAACAAACAGGAGGCGGUGGAGCGACAGUUUGAGCGCUUCAACCAGGCAAACACUAUCCUCAAAUCCCGAGACUUGGGCUCCAUCAUCUGUGACAUCAAGUUCUCCGAGCUCACCUACCUGGAUGCCUUCUGGAGGGACUACAUUAACGGAUCUUUGUUAGAGGCUCUCAAAGGAGUCUUCAUCACAGAUUCCUUAAAACAGGCCGUGGGCCACGAAGCUAUUAAACUGUUGGUUAACGUAGACGAGGAGGACUACCAGGCCGGGCGGCGCAAACUGCUCCGUAAUUUGGUCACGAGUGGAGGCGGCCCACCAGGAGGGAGCAAAGACUCUGGAUCUUAGACUCCAGCUGUGAGCGUGCAGCUGCUGUGCCUCCUGAUAGAGAACAGAGUGUGACAUGGACGUGUUGUUUGAGGUGCCUGAACAGUGUGCCUGAAUGGAACUAAAAGAACUUAAAGCCACCGUGUUGACUCUUUGAGAACUGCAGUCGUAGGAAACCUCCGGGCACCCUGAAGAGUAGCAUGUGAGGUGAUCGGGAGCGGUGUUAGCAAAGAGAAGCAGGAGAUGCAUCAACAGGUUGACAUUAUUCUGAAUGUUAAACUGUUUUCUUCAAGGAGGAGAAUCCUGACUCAUGCUUGUAUUGAAUUUAAUUUCUUGUUCCAUGUAUGUAAGCUCAUUGAAACACGUUAACUCCGAUGAAACUCUUCACCCUGUUUCAAGUCAUUUGGACGCAGGAAAGGCGCUUAACGCUCUGUUACUCCCAGUGGGAGUCGUACUUUAUUGCCAAACUGGUUCAUCUUUUCCAGGUACUUGAGAUUGAUUGGAUUGAUCCAAUGAGAGUGUUCUGUAUGUUAUGGAAAGGAAAAGACUGUCUUUGAUUUAAACUUGUUUUCUAUCUCAGCUUAUUCUCCCUCCUUUGCAGAACGUUCUCUUCUGCAGAGUUGAAACCUUUCAGAGCAUUUUUAUCGGCUCACACGUCGUCACUUUGAGAUCAUUUGAUGUUCACUUUGUUUUACCACGUUCAUCGUUUUACCAAACGUCUUUUUAGCAGCAGAUGUGAUUCUAGCCUCCUUUAAAAAUCGUCCAGUCGCUGCCCACGUCACAACGUUUCAAACUUCACUCAACCUUUGAAUGUGUCGCUCGCUGGUGUUUUUAAUGCUCUGUCCAGACCUCAUUGUGAAGAUGUAUCCCCUUUAAAGAUUUCAAAUCAACAAACGAAGCAACAAAAUCAAAAGCAGGUUGAAAAUCACAGCUCGUGUGUGUGUGUGUAGUCAUUUCUAUUGUGCUCAAGUAAGAGACCGAAGAUGAAUAAAGACAGUUCACAGGGCUUCUGAAGUCCCAUGUUUAAUCCUCACAUCUCCUCUGUGGAAAUGUCUCGCCUCCCAGUAACUGACGAAAAUUGGAGCGCCUUUUCCAGCCUUGAUUGAUUGAAUCAGCAUCAAGCAUAAUAGUUAGGAACACAGCACGUUCAAUCUCAAACUGCAGGCAGAGCUUAAAGGUGACAUAUCAUGCAAAAUCAACUUUUUAAUGGUUCUCUACCUGAAAUAUGUUUCCCUGGCAUGUCUACAAGCCCCCCCGAGAACGAAAAAAAUCCAUUCUGCCCCUGUUUUGAUUUCUCCACCUUUCUGUAAAUGUGUGCUGAAACGAGCCGUUUCAGUUUUCACUGUUUUUCAUACGUCACAACGACAUCCGGUCUGUCACGGAAGUCAGAGCUCGGAACUUGUUCAGCCCAUAGACUGUAUAAAAUACAACUCAACUCCUCCUCCGUUUUUCAUUCCCUGCACACACGUGUGCUAACAAGGAGCUUAGGAGGGAGGCAUGCUAGUUGUAGGCUGUCUUAAUAAACCCAAAGGUCGGUUUUACUCCCCACGUCUGCAGAUUUGAAGAUCUAGUGGAUGAUUUUUAUUUAUCAUGGAAAAGUGCUAGCGCUAGUUAGCAUAGCCACAUAGCUAUGUGUUCAUAGCUGUGUACCAAGACACACGUCGACAUACUGACAAAUAAAACAACAAGAAACUCUAAAUCUGUGACUGAUCGUUCAGAAAGGUCCUGCUGCAGGCGCCUCUCCAUCAGGAUCAGAUUCUGGAUCAGUUUCAGAGGGUUGAAGUAACGCGGGUCUGUGAGCAGCCGUGUAUAUUCAGCCAACAUGUAAACAUUAGAUCAAAGUGCUGGACAGCUGAGGCCACAUCCACUUCCUGAGGGGGCGUGGUCAGAGAGCUCAUUCUCAUUUAAAGGCACAGAAACAGAAAACAGCCUGUUCUGAGCAGGGCUGAAAAAGAGGGGUUUACAGGCAUGCCAAAACCUGAUUUCAAAAUGUUUUUUUAGAGCAUAAACUUCAAAGACAUGUUUUGGGGACCUCUUAGACCAAUAUAUAUUGAUGAAAAAGAGCAUAAUAUGUCACCUUUAAACAAUAAUGAUGUUUCAAGUCAGGGGAAGCCACUUGUACAGCCUGUGACGUUAACCAAACAAACACUGUGACAGACAUGUUGACAGUAUCACUGAUGGUAGCUCUGGUUUUGCCCCAUCGUUAGAUUUUCUCAGUGACCUUUUGGAAGUCCCUCUGAAGAGCCCUGAAUCUCAGAGAUUGUUGGACAGGUAGUUAGAGAGCUCACAGUAAGAGAAGGAUUAGCAGUGUGAAAACUCUGCUGACUUCAUAUUUCAUAAACAAUAAGCUGUGAUAUCUGGAAAUCAUUCAUUUUAAGGCUGCUACACAUUAAUCCAGCACAGUUUUUUCUAUUUCAAAUUACGAUGAAAGUGUCAAGCUCCAGAAAUGAUUCACACAAAUGUCUAAAAUCACACUGUAAAGUUACCUGUGCUUUCUGUUGUGUGGUCCUUUGCAGGCCCGUAUUGAUAACUAAUUAAUCAAGUAUUCUACAGCGAGGGUAAAGUACAGUGAUAUGCUUCCACACCGGUAACUCAGCUCAGUGCAUCACUACUCUGUGAUGUCUGAUUUUUUCAUGCAGACUGAACUUUUCAGAUGUUUUUAUUCGAGAGAGGCGGAUUGUGGUGUGAAAACAGUUUGUUGGUUUUGUCCGGAUAGGGAAUGACGUGAUAACACACUUCCAAUUCUUGCUUUGUAGAAAACCCAAACACAGAAACUUGCGUUAUCUGUCUGAAAAAUCUGAUUUAAGUCUGUGGCACGAAACAAACACCUCCUUGUCCACCCUGACCUCCUCUCCCCGAAGGUGUUGAGACCAAAGCAGAGUGAAUCCUGUUGAUGACGUCAGUGUGAGCGUGCACCAAGGAUGAGAUUACCUGAAAUGCACAUUAGCUCAUUUUAAUUAUCUCAGUUUGAGCAAGAAAUCUCCAACACUGUCCCUUUGUAGAAAUCUGCGUCAUUAUGCAGACCCUUGGUUUUCUUUUCAGCCCGUGUGAUGAAACUUGAAUCACAGUUUGUUUCAGGUUCAUAAGCUUGCUUUGUUUCCAUUCAGAGAAAUCCUACAGGUCAUUAAAGUGGUUACUCAGUAGCUGGAGGUGGUGAAGAAGUGAACUGAGCUGUGCGAGCAUCCGCAGACACUGUGACGUUUGGUUUUCCAUAUUUAGAAGGACAGAUAUUUUGGUUGGUAUUCAUGUAACAUGCAUAAAAAAGGAGAUUUGUUCAAGCAGGAUCAAUAACUCUAAGCAAAAUGACAGUUUCUUUCUUGUCUCGAUCAGUUUGACUCCUACCCGCCUCCUUCAGGCACAGGCACUUAAUACUGUGAUUUAACUCCUCUGUUCUUUAAUCGUAUGAUGUGAACACAUUUCUUUGGGAUCCCGGACAAGAGUGGACACAUCUGUCAGGGGGGCGCACACUUUAAAGUCUCUUAAAAAAAGAAAUGUAAACCUGAUAUACAAGAACUGAUUCUGAUUCAAUGCAAACUCAGAGUACCUCUGUUUGGAAAUGUUUUAAUAUCCAUGAUAAUAUAUCAAAGUAUUAGCAUAAUGCUGUUUUGUGAUGAGAUUAUUUAGACUCUGUAAAAGAAGUAGAGAAGAAGCUGAAUGUCAUUUUUAGUAAGAACUGUCAUUUCAAAUGCAACUCUCUCUAAAUCUAAUGUUUGACAUCUUUCCUUCAUUUUUCUGUUUCUCCGUGCACAUAGCCAAAUGGUUGACAUAAAGUAAUCUGUGUACCCCAAUAAAAGUUCAGUGUAUGUUUUUA